AUGUUCACGGACGGCAUGUCGAGGCUGGCGGUGGCGGUGAGCGUCACGGUGGCGCUGAGCCUGGCCAUCUUCGUCACCAUCCUGGUGCUCCUCCUCGCGGACCUCAUCUGCGCGCACCUCCGGCGCCGGCGGCUCCGCGCCGAGGCGUCCCGGUCGAAGCUCGGCCUGGCGCUGGCGACGACGUCCCCGGAGCACGGCGCCGACGACGCCGCGUCGUCGGUGGCGACCACGGCCACGACGGCGGCGCGCGAGGCGCUCGCCGGCACGCCGCCCUUCUACUACGCGCACGGCGUCCUGCACGCGCCCAGCAGCACCAAGGACCUCCUCCUCGCCAUCCCCAGGCUGGAGGGCGCCGUGUGGCGGUGGUCGCCCGCGCGCCGCUCGUCGCCGUCGUCGGGCUCGUCGGGGUCGGGCUCCUCGGCGCGCGGCGACGGGUUCAUGUGCAUCUCGAACCCGGUGUACGACCGGGGCCAGGUGGCCGCGGCCGCGGCCGCCGCCGCCGCCGUCGGGGACACGCCGCCGUUCGAUACUCCCGGCGCGUCGCCGUCGCCGUCGCCGUUCGGGAUCACGGAGGAGGCGGACGCGUACGACGAGGAGGACGGCGGCGGGUUCUCGCCGCCGCUGUCGGCGAUGAGGAAACUUCCGCCGUUGGGCGUCCUGGCCGCGUACCCCCCGCCGGCGCUGAGCUUCGCCGAUGCCAGGCCGUCGCUGGCGACGACGGUGACCGACACGAACCGGGCCUCCUCGACGUCGUCCGCCUACUUCUUCUCUUCAUGGUCGUCGAAGUAA